UAAUCUCAAAACCCAAUAAUUUCGAUAUGGAACAACAUGCUCACACUCAUCCUUACGGGCAGAAUGACCCACCCCAAUCUCUCGGGUCUCCACAUCUGCAGCAUGCUAAAGAAAACUCACCAACUGUGACCAUCGUAAGAGCAGGCGGAUUUCAACAAGUACCAGCUGCCACCACUGUCCCAGAGCGUGACUGGACAUAUCCGGCCGUUCUUGCCACUUUCUUCUUCUUCCCGUUAGGAAUCUGCGCCAUUAUCUUUCUUAUUAAUGCCAAGUUUCAGCUUCGCGCUGGUGACACUGAGGGAGCGAGAACCAGUACCGUCUGGGCCAGGCGUUUGACCUUGGCAUCAUAUAUGGCUGGAACCGUGGGUUUGGUCAUUUUACUCAUAGUGCUUUAUGUUUCGGUGUGGCCCUAACAAUUAAAGAAACAAUCAUGUCAACAGACCAGUGAAAACAGACACAAUUGGGAUUUUUAAUAAAUGAUAAUGCUUGAUUUGUACAUACAAUGCCUUUUUCAAAAAUUGGAAUACGAUAUUAUGCAUUUUUUAAAUACAUGUAACAUUGUUCAAAUGUUAAUUUAGCCCAUUCGUUUUAGAGAAGAAGUCAAAAGUUAACAGACGGACGGACGACGGAAUACGAAUGGUCAGAAAAGCUCACCUGAACCGAGGGUUCUGUUGAGCUAAUGAUGUUGCUUUGUUCCUCUUUGGGUUUUUUCCAAAAUGUUCUGACUAUAUAACAUUGUACCUUUUUUAAUAUCUAAAUGAGGUUGAGCAGAGAAUAAACUUUCCGGAUAAUUUAAU